UCUCGCGUUACAAUUCCAUUUAACGCGGUUAAGCUAGAGAAGUCGCGUCAAAUUCAAUGCAGAGGAAAUUGUUGGUUGCUGCCUCCUGCCUGCCUGCCUGCCUGCCUGCCAAUACUCCGAAUCCGCAAUACGACAAUAAAACGUCGGAAGUCGCAUCCUACUUAGACAGUUCUAAUUUCUUCCCAAUACACCAUUUUCUCCAAUCUGGCCUUGCGUUGUCUACUUAAAGUAGCAACGAGCACGUCUGCUACUAGACUGCUCAAAAUGGCGCCCAAGCAAGCUACCUUGGGAAAGUUCUUCGGCCAACCCAAUGGCCCUAAGCCUGCACCACAGCAGUCGAAGCUUUCUUUUAGCACAAAGUCGGCUAAGAAAGCAAAGGAGGAGCCGGAAUCUUCAGCCAAUGGCCAAGAGGUAGCUUCACCAAAAAGGAAAUCUAGCGCCGAUGCGACAGAAGAUGGCGAUUCCACGAAAGACACUAGAAAGCGAUCUCGGUCUCCAUCUUCCCCAAAGAGUAAGACGAAACGAUCUUCUGCGAAGGUUAAGGUUGAAGCUGAGGAGCCCGAGGAAGAGCUUGAACAAGAAGCACCUGUGGUAAAAAGACGACGAAGGGGUCGCCCUCGAAUUAAUGAUGAGGACGAGGAAGACGAGGCCAUGGUCGAUGCUGAGCCAGCUAAGCCAGCUAAGCCUAAGAAAUCAACUGGAGCUAGCAAACGAUCUCCAAAGAAGUCCCCUACCAAGUCCCCUACCAAGUCCCCUACCAAGUCCGUCCCCGUCAAAGAAGAGUCGCCAGCACCCAAGCAGGAGGAUGGCGAUGCCAAAGAGGAAGCUUCUGAGUCUGCAUCUGAAAUAGAAAAGGAGGAAGAUGAGGAUGAGAAACCGGAGGUUGCGGCUAAGGCCCGAGAAAAAAUUCAAACCAAGCUUCAGAGCAAAGUGGACGACCCGUAUCCUGAUUGGAAGCCCGGAGAGCCAGUGCCUUACGCUGCAUUGUGCACGACUUUCUCACUUAUCGAACUUACGUCAAAACGACUUCAGAUCACCGAGUAUUGCUCUUUAUUCCUCCGACAAAUCUUACGCUUAACCCCGGACGAUUUCCUUCCGACGGUGUUAUUGAUGAUGAGUAAAUUAGCUCCUGAUUAUGCAGGCAUUGAACUUGGUAUUGGCGAAUCACUGAUUAUGAGGGCCAUAGGUGAAACGACAGGGCGCAGUUUACAGGUCAUAAAAGCCGAUCAGAAAGAGAUCGGCGACCUAGGUCUUGUUGCAGUCAAGAGCAGAUCAACUCAGCCAACCAUGUUCAAACCUAAGCCAUUAACUAUCAGGGGUGUGCAUCAAGGCCUGAUAGACAUUGCUACUGUGGCUGGGAAUGGCGCCCAAGGUAGGAAAGUUGAUGGAAUCAAAAAGUUACUGGCGUCUGCCGAUGCUCACUCGACAGGCAAGGUCGAUAUUCACAAGGAUAAGGGUGGUCCCAGCGAAGCCAAGUAUCUGAUCCGGUUUCUCGAAGGGAAGCUUAGGUUAGGCUUAGCAGAGAAGACGAUUCUUGUCGCCAUAGCACAAGCUAUGAUCUGUCACGAAGCGGAGCAAAAAGGCAUAGUACCCAGCACCAAGGAGAUAGAAGAAGCAGAGGCCACAUUGAAGACGGUGUACAGCGAGCUUCCUAGCUGGGAUGUGAUUAUCCCAACCAUGAUCAAGAAUGGCAUCAUGAGGCUGAAAGAGACUUGUAAGCUUCGCCCAGGAGUCCCUCUCAAGCCCAUGCUUGCGAAGCCUACAAAAGCAAUCACGGAAGUUCUUGAUCGGUUCGAAAACCAGACUUUUACCUGCGAGUAUAAGUAUGACGGUGAGAGGGCACAGAUUCAUUAUGUUGCUAAGGACCACUCGGAAAAGUAUAUUGACGCUCUUCCCGGUGCUACAAAGGAAGCUGCCAAGGGUGUUGCGUCUAUUUUCUCGCGAAACUCGGAGGACCUUUCCAAGAAAUACCCCGAUAUCCUUGGAAAGCUUCAGACUUGGGUCAAGGAUGGUACCAAGAGUUUCGUGUUGGAUUGCGAAACAGUCGCUUGGGAUGUAACCGAGAAAAAGUUGCUUCCAUUCCAGAAUUUGAUGACGAGGAAGAAGAAGGACGUCAAGGUGGAGGACGUGAAAGUAAAAGUCUGCGUCUUUGCUUUCGACUUGCUAUUCCUGAACGGAGAGGCGGUAGUCGAAAAGUCGCUCCGAGAACGUCGCGAGUUGCUUCACAGUGCUUUCCAACCAGUGGAGGGCGAGUUUGCUUUUGCGACACACAUGAACGGUAGGGAACUCGACGAAAUCCAGACAUUCUUGGACGAGAGUGUCAAGGCCUCAUGCGAAGGCUUGAUGGUCAAGAUGCUCGAUGGUUCAGAGAGUGGGUACGAGCCCAGCAAACGAAGUCGAAAUUGGCUCAAGAUAAAAAAAGACUACCUCGCAGGACUAGGCGACUCUCUUGAUCUAGUAGUCCUCGGCGCCUACUACGGUAAGGGCAAGCGUACAUCUGUUUAUGGUGCUUUCCUUCUCGCCUGCUAUAACGCGGCUACUGAUACUUACGAAACGAUCUGCAAUGUCGGCACCGGCUUUUCGGAGCAAGUUCUUGAAGAAGUUCAUAAGCAACUCUCGGAGAUUGUAAUUGAUCGCCCAAAACCGUUUUACUCGCACUCAUCGGGUGGACAGCAUCAACCAGACGUCUGGUUCGAACCGCGUUAUGUCUGGGAAGUGCGAACAGCGGAUUUAACACUGAGCCCAAGGUAUAAGGCCGGGCUGAAGGAGAACGUCGACCCGUCCGGCGAGAAGGGAAUUAGUUUGCGGUUCCCUAGAUUCAUCAAAGUGAGAGACGAUAAGAAGCCAGAUGAGGCGACAAGUAGUCGUCAAGUGGCGGAGCUAUAUAGAAAACAGGAGAGUGUGACAAAGAGCAAGGGCCCGUCUGUGGAUGACGACUUCGAAUACUAAGAGGGCUUAUUUACGAUCUGGCUUAUGACUUGGCUAUGUAUUAUUACCACCUAAUAAGCUAUGAUAACUAUGAUACGGUCUACCGUUUUGACAGCCA